AUGGUUCCAUCCAACGAAAGUCCGACUCUUCUUAAUCAUUCGCUAGGGAGCCUGCAACCACCGUCUAGUCCCAUUUUCCUAUUCGGUACCGAAGAUACCAUCCUGCAAUCUGGCCUCCAAAGCCAGCCACUUCGCACUCAAUUAUUCGCCUUCCAGCUUUAUGACGCACUCACCACCAUCUUCACGGCCUACUCUCAGCUUGACCUCGUCUCGCCACUGUCCAGUGAGGCUUUGGGGCAACCAAGAAAGCUUCUUGAGGGGAGGAUGUCAAGCGACCCGACCGAAGGCCGCUCUAUCUUUGAGGCCACAUGCUCUGCAUCGCGAGGGCUGUUCCAGCAUGAGGCCAGGAGUUGUGGCAACCCUACGUCGGUACCGAAUUCCAGUACAGAGGAGACUGAGCCGGCCAAGUCAGUCGACAACGGGGAGAGUGUGCUGGUACCUGUGAAGACAUGUGAUGGUCGUAUCACGAGUGUACGUCUUAGACGGACGCCCGCAGCUCAGCUACUUUAUGCCAAUCUUUUCGAGAUCGUUCACAAAGCCGAGCUCAGUCGGCCUGCGGUAGAACAGUGGGCGAUUUUCCAGUUCUGUGAGGCGCUCCGAAGCCUGUCUGGCCUACUUGCACCCUGGAGCCGGGGGUCUGGAGACCCGGGAGGGGCAGUCACACGUGUCCAGGAGAAAUUGGCGGUUGGCAGGCAUUUGUGGAAGGUAAUCGAAUAG